CGGGAGCCGCGCUUGCCGGCGGGUGGGAGCGGGCAUGGCCGCGGCGCCGGGUGUGACGGAGCGGUACUUCACGCGCUGGUACAAGCCAGAUGUUAAGGGUAAUCUAUGUGAGGACCACUGUAUAUUGCAGCAUUCUAAUAGAAUCUGUGUCAUCACGCUGGCAGAAGCUCAUCCUCUUCUUCAAAAUGGAAAAACAAUUAAGAGCAUUAAUUACCAAAUCAGUGCCAACUGUAGUAGACUUCAAAAUAAGGUCUCUGGAAAGUCAAAGCGGGAAUUUUUUGUUUCACAUGCAGGGUGCUCAGUUUCUAACAGAACUUGCCCCUCUGUGCAGGAUAUCUUGUUCAGAUGGAGAAGAAUAUACUAUAUAUAGUUGUAUAAGAGGGCGGUUGAUGGAAGUUAAUGAAAACAUUCUGGAUAAUCCAACUAUUCUGCAAGAAAAACCAUCUACUGAGGGAUACAUUGCAGUUGUACUACCCAAAUUUGAAGAAAGUAAGACCAUAACUCAAGGACUUCUGACACAGAAGGAAUAUGAAGAAGUUUUGUUGAAACGUUUUAAUUCAACUUCAUGAAGCUCUAUUUUUAACUGAAUACAUAAAUGUCUGAACCACACUGUGAAUAGCUUCAGAAUUAAGUAUUGCAUAGAUAACACUUGUAAUCAUCUACUUCCAGUAUAUCCCAUAGUGCAAGAGUUGUAACAUGAAAGAUUUUAAAAUUGUACACACUUAACAUAGGGGACUGGAAAUUAGUUCUUUAAUUUUUUAAAUGAGUGAACAGUCAUUUAAUUUCAGACAAAUAAACAGUUUAAACAUUUAA